CAGGGUGCGGUAUUACCGGCCUAACUCUGCGGGGGCCCCUAGCUUUGGGGUGCCGUAAUAGCUGCGUAAAAAUUACCGGUAAACACACCAGGCUAAGGGAGCUUCUCGCCCACUUUUUUUUUCCUCACUGCCCCUCGCCCACAAAUCCCAAAUUUUUUUUUUUUCCCUCCCUCCUCUCCUCUCCUCUUCAGCUCCUCGAAGCGUCUACCCUGAUCCCUCCUGAGCGAAGGAACACCAUCAAUCGCAAGCCAUCGAGUCAUCUGUACUCCGCCUCCGCUCUGUGAACCGCUGUCCCUUUCAUCCCGAGAGGGCCAGUGCUUUAGAUCUAUAUAAAUCCAGUGUCAGCUCGCCUUUGGGCCACAUACCCAAAGGCACAUUGGAUCACGGCUCCAGAAACCACCAGAGUCCCCUUCACUGCUUUUCUCACCUACCUUGAACCAAAGUGCCCUCUUCAAUCGCCCCAGGUCUGGUCGCACCAAGGUCAAUCUCGUCCUUUAGCGCCCCUCGACCUCUGUCCCCAAGCUUCUGAGAGUUGCCAAAACCUUGAGCUGCCGCAUAGGACUUCUCUAAAGGUUCUUCCUCUUCCAGAGGAAGAGUCGAGGAGGUUCAGUCCAGUCAACCACGGUUGCGAAACAUUUCGCCCCCCCUAACACCUAUUUUCUGUUCGUCUUACCCGACGGACUGCAUUUGUGUCUGAACUCCAUUUGAUAUUAGUCAACUGAUCAUCCGUCUCUCGGAUGGUUAUGGCACCUUCGGUUUUCGAACCCACGGACGUUUAUAUUACAGAAAAGUACCAUCACGAGAGUAAAGGUAGUUAUAAUUCUACCAAUCAUGGCGGGCCCGAAUUGUCACAUGCCCGUGAAGCGUCCAAAGAAUUGAUCUUGGACAUCCUGCAAAAGAAAGCUGCCAGCAUCGAUGUGCAGAAUUGCUGCCCCGGCGAGGAGGAUCCAUUCUAUGUGGCGGAUCUAGGAGAAGUUUAUCGCCAGCACAUUCGCUGGAAGAUGAACCUAGGACGCGUCAAGCCCUUUUACGCCGUUAAAUGUAACCCCGACCCUCAGGUCCUUCGUCUCAUGGCUCACCUUGGAAAUGGCUUUGACUGUGCUUCAAAGGCGGAAAUCGACUAUGUCCUCGCUGCCGGCGUCGACCCUAGCCGCAUUAUAUAUGCCCAUCCGUGCAAGACAAAGUCCUACCUUCGCUAUGCCGCACAACAAGGCGUCAAGCAGAUGACCUUUGACAACGCUGAUGAGCUGUACAAGAUUAAGACCAUGUGUCCAGAUGCGGAGCUCUUUUUGCGAAUCCUAACCGACGACUCCGCUAGCUUGUGUCGUCUAAGCAUGAAAUUCGGCGCUUCGCUCACCGUGACCCGUUCUCUGCUUGAACUGGCCAAGGACUUGGGUCUUAACGUUGUUGGAGUGAGCUUCCAUGUCGGUUCGGGGGCGGAAGACCCAACAGCAUUCGUCAAGGCCGUUGAAGAUGCCCGCUUCGUGUUUGAUCAAGCCAGUGACAUCGGUCACGAUCUCAAAGUUCUCGAUGUCGGCGGUGGCUUUUGCGACGAAACUUUUGAGCGGUUUGCAGCGGCGCUCAGCGAUGCUUUGGAUACAUAUUUCCCGCCCCAUAUUCGCGUCAUCGCAGAGCCCGGCCGUUACUAUGUUGCAUCUGCCUUCACCCUCGCCGCCAACGUCAUUGCUCGCCGCGAUGUCAGCCCUGCAGCCUCUGACUCUGACUCUGCCACUGGUCCCGCGGAGAUGUAUAUGAUCUAUCUCAACGAUGGAGUCUACGGAAACUUCUCCAACAUUGUUUUCGAUCAUCAGCAUCCGGUGGCCCAGAUUCUAACCAAGGAUGACAUGGCUUCUACCCACCCUGUGGAGUAUUCCAUCUGGGGUCCUACUUGCGAUGGCAUCGACGUUAUCAGCAAACGCGUUACACUUAACGGGGUAUUGGGUGUGGGCAACUGGUUGUACUUUGAGAAUAUGGGCGCUUAUACCCAAUGCAGUGCAACUCGUUUCAAUGGCUUCACCGACAAGCAUGACAUCAUCUACAUUUCUACAGAACCCAGCGCCGCUGCGCUUAUGGGAUAUUAGGCAACAUCCCACGUAAGACGAAAGAUUGGAGGCAUAUCAUUCAACAUGAACCAACAAUGAAUAUCUUUCAAGUUUGCAAAACACAACGUUGAGCUAUCUUUUCACCUUGGAUCUGUUAUUAAAAAAGAAUAUGAUUUUGUUAUCUGUCCCUCUGUUUCUUCAGUCGCUCAUUUUUGGUCACAAAAGGGGAAAGAUGGAAUAAGAUGAUAGAAGAAUCUAGACGACCACGUCACCUGGCUCAGGCCUCCCUUGAAGACAAGUUUAUUUGCUAGUUUAUCCUAAUAAACAAAAGUGCUUUUUUCUUCUUUGAUUUGGAUGCUUCUAUUUACAUUUAUGUUUUGCAAGGCGCAUUUCUUUCUGUGACCAGCAGGAAAAGCAUA